GUCGUGCUUUUAUUCUGAAGUAAAUGGCCGGAAGCGUCUAGCUAGCUUCACGGAAGCGGAAGAGCGGUGUGUCACUUCCAGGAAACAAACGGUACCGAUCAUUGAUCUUCGGUUCGGUUCAGUUCGGUUCGGUUCAGUCGCUCGGUGUCGGUCAGCGCGUCUCUCUCGACAUCAAGCCGCAGCCCGGAGGCCUCGGAGCGGACUCGGAGCUGCUGCUGUUAGCCUAGCCUGGUUAGUUAGCUCAGUUUGAUCCGAUCCGGACCGGGUCGGCGCCGUCUGAGCCAUGGGAGCCCACCGCAGCGAGGGAGGCCGGGACUGGCUGGAGCAGGACGGCCCGGAGCAGCCGGAACAGAGCCCGAAGCCGUGGAACGUGAUGAUCAAACACAGACAGAUUCACAGACGAGGCCGCCGCUCACACAUGACAGUCAGCUACACGGAUCCUCAGGUGUCCAUGGACCUGCUGAGGGCGGUGCUUCAGCCCAGCUUCAAUGAUGACAUCAUGGCUGUGUUCAGGAAGUACCAGAAGUUCUUUGAGAAAGCAGCGGAGAACGUGAAGGAGAACGUUGGCGAUGACGUUCAAACUGAUCAGCUGAUCCGAGAGGCCUGCAGGAAUGUUCUGGAACACGCCAAACAGCUGUUUCCAGAGGGGGAGGUGAAGAGAGCGGGGUCAGAGGUCGCCAUCAAGAGGUCCAGACCUGUGGAUGAGGACUACUGCCAGAGAGGAAGCCCCCUCCUCAAGAAGAGGAGGACUCGUCCAGGUUCGGCGGCUGUCUCUUCUGAUCGACCCCACACCUUCUCCAAUCAAGUGAAGCUCAAGUCUGAACCCAUCAAGAGAGAAGGACCAAAGUGGAACCCGUCCAGACUGAACGACGGCAGCACGUUUGUUCUUGGCUCAAGAGCCAACAAGGCACUAGGGAUGGGCGGGACCCGAGGACGCAUCUACAUCAAACAUGCUGAUCUGUUUAAGUAUGCAGCAGAUGCGAAGGAUAAGCAGUGGUUGGCAGAGAGACAUCACAUGAGAGCGACAGGAGGGAAGAUGGCCUACCUGCUGAUCGAGGAGGACAUUCAGGAUCUGUCUCGCAGUGAUGAAUAUAAGGACUGUCCGGACGUCCGGAUGGACGAGUUGAAGCCGUUCUCAGUUCCUCUGUGGAUGGUGGAGAAGAUGCAGCGAGCCAUGGAGGCUCAGAGAGACGCUGACCUCUGAUCCCCCAACAUGUGACCAUCAGCCUCUCAUCUGAUUGGCUGCUUCUAUUUUUUAUUUGACUGUUUGUAGAAAAAUGCAAUAAAACUUCUAAAACGA